UGAAAUUGCGCAGCAACCCCAUCUGGCCACACUGACCCAUUAGUUUUUUGUUUAUGUUGGGUUGUCGGAAAAAUCGGCUGUUUUCCGUGUGUCCGUCUGCCAUGAAAAGCUGCUAAAAAGCUAAAUAUAAAAAUCAGCGCAGCACACACGUUCCGCUGCCUGCAUUGUUUGCCCAUUCUAAUGGGAAAUUAUUCAACCAACUCCCACUUGUGCGUGUGUAGGAAGGCAGAAGGGUGUUUUGCAUUCGUGUGCGUGCCAGAUAAAAAGACUUUGAAUUUCUGGAGGAUAUUAGUGUCAACUGUGUGGGGUAUAAUACGCCGUAGGCCCUAAUAUGCAGGCAAGUCCAUUAAUUACGCCAAAGGUCACAGGUUAGGCACGCAGCCAGGAUCCAAGGAGCAAUAAUAAUGUUGUAUGAAGGCGACCUGUAAGCGAGAGCGAGAGAGCUGGUGUUUUGGUGUGAGUGCGUGGUAGAACAAAGAGGACGAAAAACACGGCUAACGAAUUCGCCGCACGACACACUCGCCGCAUGGCGAAUUCAAACGUAUCCCAGUGAACGAAUGAGAAACAAAAGGAUAUCUUAUUGAAACUGAUUAAACUAAAGACUGCCGAAUAGUUAUAUAAAAUCCAAAACCAUGUCUGCGGCCGAACUCGAGGCGGAGGCUUCAGCCCAGGAGCAACAAUCCCAGCAACAACAACAAAAUCAAUCACAAAGCGAGGAGAUAAAUACAAACACUGCCAUCAAUGCAAAUGCAACCACAACAAAUAGCUACAACAAUAAUUUAGAUACGGAAACCCAGCUUCAGAUGCACCAGGAUCCGCAGCAGCAGCAGGAACUCGAGGGCAAUAGCAACAAUGGCAUCACAGGACUCGGCCUCAGUCUGAUGAACUCCUCACCGCCGCCGCACAGCUACCGACAUUCGCGGGCCUAUCGCCACUUCAAGAAUCCGCCACAGCCCCACAUGUGCAUCCGCACCACCACGGAGGCGGGCGAGGAGCUCUUCAUCAAUGUCCUCAGCUGGACGCGCAUUGUGAUACCGCAGGAGCCCAGCGAUCCCAUUCCCCUUUACGGAGGCAUGCGGGUACCGCCUGGCAGCCCACGCAGUCCUCCCAUUGUCUUUGCCGUAAUGGCCAAUCCGGAGGUGCUCAAAGACUCCGGACGUCACAGCAAAGAUCCUGAGGAGCGACGAGCUAUGGUGGAGCUGAUGUGCGACUUUGUGGAGGCUAUGAAUCCAGGCGUGAAAUUAGUCAGAAACGCCGUAAUACUCAAGGAUCGCGAUAUCUCCGGCGAGCUGAAGGAUGUCUGGAAUGCCGUUCAGGCGCAGCGCGAUCGCGAGAGGGAGGAGCAGAUGAUGCAGCAGCGCCAGCAGCAGCACUACCAGAACAUCACCACGCAACAGAUGUUUCCCAAAUCGCCGGAUGCAUCGCGGGCAGCUAGUGCUGGUGCUGCAGUGAACGAGGCCAGCUCGCCGCCGGCUCACUUGUCUGAGCCGCUGCUGGUAGAGCAGGGAAAUGGCAAUGGCAAUGGCAUCACCCUGGCCGUGUUUGCCCAGCAGCUGGACAACAAAGUGGCCAGCGAGCAGGGUGAGCAGCAGGAGCAAUCGCCAGUUUCGGAGGAUGCUUGCGUGGAUCAAACGGAUGCAGGCAGCUCGCUGAAUGGAUCAACAACUGUGCUGGACAAUCAGCCGGUGGCAGUGGAGAACGAACCAGAAGUAAAGGUUGCACCACCGGCAGCCACAAAUGGUGCUAGCACUCCCACACCCAGCCACGCAACACCCACAGUAACAGCCACAGCCACAUCAUCGCCCAGUCCAACUCCAACUCCCGUUGUUGCUCCCGUCGUUACAGCAACUCCUCCACCUGCUGCUCCCGCAAAGAAGGAGAAACUGGGCGGCUUCCUGCCCAACGGCUGCAUCUUCCCGCGCUUCAAGAACAACAAGCACAAGGACAAGGACAAUAGUCACAAGGAGGGCAAGAGCAAAGAGAAGACCCUGCUGAAUGCGCUGAAAAAGAGCAAAGAGAAGAAGGUGGCGCCCAGUGAACAGCCGACAGAAAAAGCCGCCGCCUCGGACAACGGAACAACGCAGUACGAGAAGAACUGCAUCAACAAUCUGGAGUGCGAGGUGCAGAAGCUGGACUUGAACAGCGGCACCAAUGGCGACAAUAGCAUGUUCAUCAAGCUGAAAGUUUCGCCGGCCAAUGCCACAGCAGCGGCAGCGGCGGCCAAGUAGAGAUAAUCCUGAAUUUACACACAAAAAAAAAAUAAAUAAAAUCUCGUAGGUAAGUGGGAAGUUAGGACGAUAGAGAGCCAGAGGAGGCGGCACUCUACCAGUGAACAGUGUCACUGUGUCAGCACUUAGGGCUUAGAGUCGUGGAUAGAGUCGUGUAGCAUAUACAAGAUUUAUAUAUACAGAUAUAUAUACAAGCAUUCACACACCCGUUUUUACACCGUUGGUCAAUUUUUUGGAUAGCCACUCAGAACCAGGACUAGAUGAACUAACAGUUGUGCCAUGCUCCAGCUCAUAGACAUUUAUAGACGACAGCGCUUCUCCCAGGAUCUUCCCCGGCAUUUAACUGACAGAAUGAUAAACGUAUUUACAUAGUUCAAUAUAUGUAUGAUUCGCAUACAGUUUGCCUUAUAUACAACAAGCCCGAGAGAGCGACAAGAACCUAGCAAGAACCAGUUGAUAAACACGAGAAUAAAUGUAUUUAAAAACAUAAUCGUCGAAUGAAACUCAUGCGCCAAAUGAACUUACCAGACUAACUACUAGCUCCAUUCCCAAAUUGUCACAUCAUCUCAUCGUGAACCAUACACCCACCAGGCAUUUGCCCAUCGAUUCAUCCAUCCAUCCAUCCAUCCAUCCAUCCAUCCAUCCAUAUCCAUAUCCAUAUCCGUGCAAAAGUAUUAAGAAACUUCGCAGAUCCAAGAACCCUAACCCUGGAUCGAUUGAUCUCCACGCUUUGAAGUUGAGGGGCAGUGAAAACAGCGGAGGGAGUUUUAAAGCCGGCUCUUUAGUGCCACGACUAACUUAUGUACCUUAGUAUAGCCGAAUGCGAAAACAGUAUACAGAUCCGCAAUGUCGCUAUUAUGAUUUAUAUUUUAAAGUUUAACUUUUAGUUUCCCCUUUUGGAUACCGAAACGGGGAAACUACAUUUCAUUCUAUUUAUUUUCCGUUCGUGCUUGUUGUGUUGUAAUUGUGUAAUACUACUGUUGGAAUUUUUAACUUUUACUGUGUUUAUUGUUUGUGCUAACCCAAUUCCAAUCCCAAUCCCUCAACUUCAAACGAAACCAUUCACGAAUCAUAUAUUAUAGAGAGUAAAAAACCACUAGAAAUCGAAUAAAUAUUCGGGAAACACCAGUGAAAAAUGGUAAAACAAAUAGUUUCAACUGCAAUAUCGGACUGAACAAAGCUGCCAUAUGAAAAGUAUAUACAUGUAAUGACUUUGUAUAUAAAGUUAGCUACAGAUUUCCAUAAAAGAAAAAAACGAAAUUUCAAUUGUGAUUCCAUCGAAAAUCUAAUUUUGUUUCCACAUCGAAGAAUUUAAUUGAAGAACUCGAAAACACACACACAACGUAUACCGAAUAAAAUAUAAUUUUGUUUGCUGGAAAAAACCGCAUGUAAGCGGAGAAUCCUAACAAAAAGAACUUUUCUUUUUGUUUUUAGUUCAUUAUAUUUUUUUAUAUAGGUGCCAUACAGGAAGCGUGUAUGUGAAUUAAUCAAAAUUGAUUUCAUCCAAUUGGUAUUAAGAUUAAGCCCAGAGUUUCCUUAAUUGUGAGUUGAAACGAGUACCGAAAACCCUAAAGUAUAUAUACUAGUUUUUAACUGGUUGUAAAUGAGAAAUGCUCGUGUAAAAUUAGUAUUAAAUUAUAGCACGAACCCAACAACAACAACAACAACAAAAAAGCAACAAACAUAACACUACAAUUACAAAUUAAAUUAGUUUAAGACCCAAGUCUUCUAAGCGAAGAGCAAAAAGCAAUAAUUUUACUUGAAAAGAGAGUGACACGACAAGAAAAUUAUAAUGAUAAAAAUGCGUGUGUGGCUAGUAACAGCAAAAGGGUGGAAAUCUGGAAAACUCACGAACUCAGAGAGAUGCAAUAAUGUUUCCUUGGAAAUAUCUAGAGUUUUCCGGAGCAGCCCGGAAAAAUGUCUACAACAAACAAAAAGCACACACUAGCGGAUGAAAAGCCAACAAAACAGAAAAACACACAUUUUUAUAUGUAUAUGUAUGUAAUAAUAAAAGAUCGUAUUUGACAAAAGUGU